AUGCCUCCCCCCGUCCAAGUCGCCUUCAAGCCCCUCAACAAGCCCGAGGUUGGCAACAAUGGUUACGUUGAGCCUACCAUUGGCAAGACAGAAGUCCUGAAAAAGGGCUCUGCUCCUUUCAAUGCCAGAACUCUCGACUCUGAUAUCCGCAUCGAUCAUGAUGUUGAGGUUAUCGUUCGCGAUGGCUGCCGUCUCUAUGUUGACAUCUACCGCCCCACAGGUUCAGAAAAGGUACCUGUCAUCGUUUCUUGGUCUCCCUAUGGAAAGAAGUACUCAGCUCUGGACAUGAUCUUCAAUGUCUGUGUCUGGGCCUGCUGCUUGACAAAGGACGACGUCAGUGGUCUGGAGAAGUUUGAAGGUCUGGACCCUGCCUGGUGGGUUAACCAAGGCUAUGCUAUCGCGCACGUUGAUGCUCGAGGAGCUGGCAACAGUGACGGAGACGCAGUCUGCAUGGGUGCCCAGGAGGCCGAGGACGCUCACGAUGUUAUUGAGGAGCUGGCAAAGCUUCCCUGGUGCAAUGGCAAUGUCGGUAUGGCUGGAAACUCCUACUUGGCCAUCAUGCAAUGGCAUGCUGCUGCUCAGAACCCACCAUCAUUGAAGGCCAUUGCACCCUGGGAGGGUUCUGGAGAUAUCUUCCGAGAACAGUUCUGCCGUGGUGGUUGGUUUACUAUGAGUAAUUUCGAUCUCAUUACAACGCUCGUCAUUAAGGGCCAGCAUGGAGUUGAGGAUAUCGCUGAGAUGUACCGUCGCAGCCCUCAAGCCAAUGCCCACUGGAACGAUAAGCGUGUCGACUUCAGCAAGAUCAACAUCCCAGUCUUCAUCACUGGCUCUGAUCUUAGUCAGAUCCACACCAUGGGUUCUGUGAGAGGCUGGAUGGAGUUGGGCAGUGAGAAGAAGUGGAUCAAAUGGUGUGGACAUCAGGAGUGGUUUGAACUCUACGGUGUCAAGGAGAGCUACCCUGAGCUUAAGAAAUACUUUGACAAGUAUCUCAAGGGCAUUGACAACGAUUGGGAAGACACACCUCGAGUCCGCUGGACAACGCUCCAGUUUGAUGAGGGCAAGGUCAAGAGCAACAUCGAGCUUCCUGAUUUCCCUGUUCCCAACACCGACUACCGAUCAUUCUACCUGGGUGACAGUAGCGCACUUCUCGAUUCUGCUCCUUCGUCUGGUGUUUCAACCUACAACUCCGAAGAUCGGUGGUCCAUUUCCAAGUUCCGCUACACAUUCGACAAGCACACACGAAUUAUCGGUAUGCCCAAGGCUGAGCUAUACAUGAGCUGUGAUGACUUUGACGAUAUGGUCGUCUUCUGCCAGGUCCGUAAGCUGGACAAGUCUGGCAAGGAACUGAGCCAUCUGCAAUUCCCCAUCGAAAAGACCCCUGUGAAAGCCAUUUCAGAAAUGCAAGAGAAAGAACGCCAGAGUCUCACAAUGCACAACGGUGCUAUGGGUAUCCUUCGAGCCUCUCAAAGGAAGAUCGACGAGAAGAAGUCUAUUCACCCCCAGUUCCCCUUCCACCCUCACGAUGAGGUUCAGAAGAUUCCCAAGGGUCAAGUGGUCAAACUUGAGAUCGGUAUUUGGUGCAUGGGUGUCGACUACGAGGAGGGUGAAAGCCUUCAGCUCGAUAUCCUGGGUCAAUACCCCGGAUUCAGCGAGCUUGCUGCCUUUUCCAAGCCAAGGCCGGAGAGCGAGAAGAACAAGGGUCAGCAUAAGAUUCACUACGGUGGUGAUUACCCAAGCAGGCUUAUACUGCCUAUUGUUUAA